AUGGGACGUGGUAAACAUGGAACAGAUAUCUUUCGAGGACAAGUACAGGCAUAUCGAGAUCAAGGAUUGAACAAUUCUCAAAUAGCUCGAAGAUUUGGUUGUUCUCGUAAGAAAGUUAUCAGUGCUAUUAAAUUAUUUAACAAUACUGGUUCAUUAAGCAACAAAAAACACAAGUUUCGCGAACGAAAAACAACCCCCAGAGAAGACGCAGCUAUUGCUCGUAUUGCAAAGCUGAAUCCUUUUGCUGGCGCACCAAAAAUAAAAGAACAAAUUACUCAAAAUCUAAAACUCAAUCUGUCUGUCAGCACAGUCAAAAGUCGGUUACGCGAAAAUAAGCUGUUUGAAAGGGUUGCUCGAAAAAAACCAUUGGUCUCAAAACGUAAUCUCGUCAGCCGUUUGAAGUUUGCAAAACAGUACGUACACAAGGACUUGCGUUUUUGGAAAAAUGUGCUUUGA